CUGGGAAGCCUGGAUCCGGCGACAUCCCCUCUGAUGAAGGCUCUGCUCGCACGGUGAUCUUGUGUAAAGCUGGACACACUGGACAGAAAGGAUCAGAUCAUAUAGAUAUAUAUUUUGGGGACAUUACAGUCCUCCGUGGAUUUUUGGCUCUGUGUUGUCUGUCUUUAUUUCCCCCGCUGUGGAUGUUACAGUGCAUUAUCUCGGUCUGAAUGAAGCUUUUAUUUUUUUCGGAUUUCCACGGCGCCGAAGCUGUUUCUGGGUGACUGCCGACUCUUUACUUGUGAAGUCGCGCGUUAUAAUUACAUUGCCGUUAUCUUAUGAGCUCCAUUCAUUUUUUUUUCAGGCGUAAUUUGUAUUUAAUUAUGUCAAACAAUGCCGCGGUUUUCUUGAACGCGUGUUAGUAAUUCGUGAGGACAAAUAGUGCGCGUUAAUUACAGCAUAAAAAGAGGGAAAGUUGGGCGCUCAAAGUUUUGCAGACUGUCGAUAUGGCUAUGGUGGCAUGGAGAAACACCGAGGGCGUCGGGGACACUCAGGGGACCCUCUCCUCCCCACUGUCCCAGGUCGCAUCUCUCUCUCUGCCCGCGGAACUGUCGGGACACAUGAACCCGGUGUCCUCUCUGGAAAUACCCCAGGCAGCAGCAGCAGGAGCACACCAGGGCGCACCGCCGCCCAAUCCGUCCAGCACCACCGCCGCGACCACCGCCGCCAACAAUAACAACAACACCUCCUCUUCCUCCUCCUCUUCCUCGUCCAUGGACAAGCAUCAGAGCCAGCACAUCGAGUGCAUCGUGUGCGGGGACAAAUCCAGCGGGAAGCACUACGGACAGUUCACGUGCGAGGGAUGUAAGAGCUUCUUUAAACGCAGCGUCAGGAGGAACCUGUCCUACACCUGCAGGGCCAACAGGAACUGUCCCGUAGACCAGCACCACCGCAACCAGUGCCAGUACUGUCGCCUCAAGAAAUGCCUUAAAGUCGGCAUGAGGAGGGAAGGUACGGGCUGGCGUACUCCUGUUGUUGCUAUCGCUGUCCAGAGGGGCAGGCUUCCCACCCAGUCUUAUCACGGCCAGUUUGCUCUGACAAACGGAGACCCCCUUCAGUGUCAUUCCUAUCUAUCGGGAUACAUCUCUCUGCUGCUGCGGGCCGAGCCCUACCCGACCUCCAGGUUCGGCUCCCAGUGCCUGCAGAGCAACAACAUCAUGGGCAUAGAGAACAUCUGUGAGCUAGCGGCCCGGAUGCUCUUCAGCGCCGUGGAGUGGGCCCGCAACAUCCCUUUCUUCCCGGACCUGCAGGUGACGGACCAGGUGGCCCUGCUCCGCCUCACGUGGAGCGAACUGUUCGUGCUGAACGCCGCCCAGUGCUCCAUGCCCGUCCACGUCGCGCCGCUGCUCGCCGCUGCUGGCCUGCACGCCUCCCCGAUGUCCGCGGACCGGGUGGUGGCCUUCAUGGACCACAUCCGGGUCUUCCAGGAGCAGGUGGAGAAGCUGAAGGUGCUGCACGUGGACUCGGCGGAGUACAGCUGCAUUAAGGCCAUCGUUCUGUUCACCACAGAUGCUUGUGGUCUGUCGGACAUGACGCAUGUGGAAGGUCUGCAGGAGAAAUCCCAGUGUGCUUUAGAGGAGUAUGUGAGGAGCCAGUAUCCCAACCAGCCUAACAGGUUUGGGAAGCUGCUGCUCCGCUUGCCUUCCCUCCGCACCGUCUCUUCCUCUGUCAUAGAGCAGCUUUUCUUCAUCCGUCUUGUGGGGAAAACGCCCAUAGAAACUCUGAUAAGGGACAUGCUGCUGUCCGGGAGCAGCUUCAACUGGCCGUACAUGCCUAUUCAAUAGAGGGGAGAGCUACAGCGGUGCUUCUACGGUCAGGAAAGGUCCCAAAACCUCAAAUCAAGUCAUGUCAGUGCGGCGUGAAAUCGCUGUUUUGCUUUGAACAAGGGGGGGAAAAAACUGCCAGUGGAACGAGAUAAAUACAGGUAUUUCAAAUGUAACAAAAAUAUCUGAAUUCAUCAUUUUCUUAUAAAGUACCAACUGCCAUUUCCUCGAGGAGUUAUCUUUCUUCUUGCUGCAUUGUGUCCCUAUGUGUCUAGAAAGGUCCCUGAAAUGAAUGAACCUUUUUGCCGACGUUAAACGAUUUGUCCCCACUGGCAGAAUUUUUUUCACUUGUUCGAGGAGAAACAACUUUUUGAAAUGACUGGCUAUGACGGACAUUUAUUUUUUAUUUUUUGCAGCGUGGUGACCACUCAGUCUAUGGUUUUGGGAUAACAAACGAUAUUUAUUGGACCCUGUGUGUAUAUUUAUCGUGCUUGUAAAUUAUGUUUCGGCUCCUUUUUAAAAUGUUUUACGUAUUUUUGCCCCGGCCAGUGAGAAAAACUGCAGGGAUUGUCUUGUGUUGAUCUUUUGUUUUGUUUUUUUGUAGUUUUUUUUGUUUUCAUACCUUCCAGACAUGGCACUUUGGACUUAAGGAACAUUGAAGAAAGAUUUAACACAGGCGUUUGAAACCCAUUGUCAACUGACUUUAACCUAUUUGCUCAACUGUGUACAGACCGAAGGGUGAGAUUGAUGCUCUGUUUUAGUUACUUUGGAGUCUUAUUCUGUUUGCAUUGUCGACGUACAAAGGAUGAAAAGAAAAGAGCAAAGAAAUAUUUGGAAAAUGCACUUCUCAUGAUCAGUGUUAGGCUGCGCCAAGUAAUGCAUUACUCCUUUCAUAGGUAAUAUCAUUACUUUCUGACCUUUGUAUUUCCUUAAAUAUUUUUAGUUAAUAUUUCCUUAAUAUUUUCCAUGUCUACUCUUUUUACCCUCUGAAAACAAUUUAAAAAACAGUUUUUCAUGUUUAUUUCUCAUGCAAUUAGUGAAUUUUGACAUUUCUCAGCUUAACUGAGAGAUGAUGACAAGAAGCUAAAUGUGAGAUAGCUGUACGUUAAUCCGACAUUUUCAUACUUAGAGGGGUCAAAGGGGGUUAAGAUCUUAUUCUUUAGACUGGUAACUUGUUACAAAGAAAAGUAAUGACAUUACUUCACUGGAUUAACGAUAAAUGCAUUACCAAACACUAAAUGAAACUGAUUUCCAGGUCUUUUUCACGCUGACUGUCUCAGAGAGAUUUAAAGAGCACUGGAGCAAUGUAUACUGUAACUACAGCCUCUUAAUGGGAUUCAUGAACUGAAUCCCAGCUCAAUUAACAAAUCUAUUUCAUUAUUAUUCAUGCAUAUAUGAGCCCAGGCCACUUAAAGGCACAAUAAACCACUGCAGGGUAUUGCUGAACCGAAAGUGUGUGUGAAUGUGCGUGCAUGUGUGUGUAUGUGUGUGUAUUUGUAUUUUCUUCUUUGACAACCAUUCUGAUGUACUGUGAAAGCAUAUUGGUUAACAUAUUGGUACCGUAUUAAAUUAUAACUCAAGAUUUAUAAAUAAAGUGUAUUUGGUUUAUUUUGCCAUUUCAAUUCUAUGUUGUUUUGGACAGUGUGUGAGCAAGAGUUUGUAAGUGUUGCCGUAAUAUUGUCACUUACCAGACGUUUAAAUCAGACAAGCUCCUUCCAUAUUGACAGGCCUGGUAUGAUUGUUCCUUAUUUAAAGAUAUGCUACAGGAAAACAUUUAAUUUCUCUGCAGUUAUGCUACACUGCAGUUUGAUCAGGGUGUCAACCGACUGAAACAUAUUUAAAACGUUGACGAAAUGCACAGCGCACGCACGGUUGUCCCUGAGAUGUAUUUAUUUCAUUUGAAAGCAGCUGCUCACUCUUUCAACAACCGUUGGACCAAAUUGAUUCUUUGCAUAUUAAUUCAAAUGUAUAAAAAACAAUGAAACAACCAUCGAAACAUGCAAAAAAUGUAUAUGUUCUCAUAUAGGGAGUAAUCCAGAAAUACACAAACAGUAGGAAACUAUAACCUCCAGUUAUGCCAAAUGUAUUUUCUGCUAAAUUUAACCAGUUUCAGCAUGCUUGUCACUAAGUUAACACCUCUUAACAAACAGGCUUUUUUUUGUUAUCAAGCAUGGUGUUCAUUCUUAAAGGUGGUUAAACUCUGCAUAAAACAAGAGAGCAGAAGGAAAACGGAAUUAUAAUCAUUUCUGUGUUGCCAGAUUGAGGAGGACAGAGGGGAUUAAAGCAGUUUCUUUGCUUCUUAGUGGACAGAGAGCUAAUGAGGGGCCCCUGAGUGCUCUGUCACAACAGUUUACCCUGAGGAGGAUGAAGCUGGGCGCUCGACGGCCCCUGGGUGUUCUGGGCCAAGGGGCCAACGUAAAACAAUGGCGCAUUUUCCCACACACGUACAGGUCCGAGAAGAAGAAAAUACCAAGGAGUAUGUAGGGGUGCAAUGGAGGAGGAAAGCCAGCUCAGCUCCGAGUGCGAUCUCCGAGCAGCAGAAGUAGCAGCACUGUUACUCAAAUGGGUUUUCACUUUCUUCCGUAUUUGCCAGUAUUGGUCAUAAAUAAAUCAGCGCCGUUCUCUGCUGCUAUUCGCAGCAUGGCUUGGACUCAGCCAAUCAGCUUUCAGGAUUGAAAAUGUGUAGCCAAUCAGAUCGCUUUAAAGA